AUGGGUGAUAAACUUGAUUCCUCUGCUGCCGCCACCAAACCAAACGCCCUACACCCAGCUUACUCAGUCACAAAUAUCCAGUCCAAGAUUCGCACCUUGGACGGGACCACGGUGACUUACUCCUCGUGGGUACAGUUGUUCCAGCUUCACGUUGUUGCGUACAUGGUUGCCGAUCACAUUGACGGCACUGAUUCUCCACCUAAGGCCAAGCCUUCUUACGCUCAAUGGAAAGAACUUGAUGCCCUUGUCCUGCAGUGGAUACUAAGCACUGUUUCGGACAACAUCCUGCCUCGGAUCCUGCCCAAUACAACUUCAGCUAAACAGGCUUGGGAUAAACUUGAAAAGAUUUACCUCAGCAUUAAAGAAAUGUCCAGUGCAACCGGAGAAGAUUUAGCAUCUCACAUAACUGGAGAGAUGAAAGCGACAAUUUCCGAAGAAGUCGGAAAGGAAUUAGAAGCUAGUCUACCGCAGUUUGUCGAUAGACUACAAACCACACUCUUAUCGGUAAUAGAUGAUAAGAUGAACGAAAUGAAAGAAAGACAUACGGGUAUAUAG